AUGGCAGUCAACUUUUUAUCAUAUGAUAAUGCAGAUGAUGACUAUAUCGACAUGGAAGUUGGAAACUUUCUCUGCCAUUCCAAAACCUUGCCACCACAACCAAGCGAAUUCGAGUUUCACAUGUCAUCAAUUUCACUAGAAAAAGAGCCCACAACUUCUCCAGCUGAUGAGCUUUUCUACAAAGGAAAACUCCUCCCACUUCAUCUUCCUCCUCGGUUACAAAUGGUCGAAAAGCUUCUAGAACACUCCACUUCUGUAAGAAAUCAUCAUAAUACCUUUGAAGAAGACUUCUAUAGCACCCCUUUAAUGACAGCUCUAACUACACCAACUUCAGCCACUACCCCAUUUGAAUCCUGCAAUAUUUCUCCUUCUGAGUCUUGCAGAGUUAGCCGAGAGCUCAAUCCAGAAGACUAUUUUUUGGAUUACUCCAAUGAGAUAAAUCCGAAAAACUCAUCAUGGACUAAAAAGCUUAAGAUAAUUAAGCAGUCAUCGAUUGGCUCGAAACUGAAGGCUUCGAGGGCUUACCUCAAGUCUUUGUUUGGAAAAUCCGGUUGCUCGGCUGAAUCCUGUACUGCAGCAACUAAAGUUGCAGAUGAGGGAACUAUUACGAGAGUGAAAGAGUCUUUGAUGAGAUGUGAACGGCCGACGAAGAAAAUCCCUUUUGGACAAAUUCAGAAGAUCAACCGGGAUGUUGGCGAAAGCGGGCGGCUUCACAGAAGAUCGUUCUCAAUGGCAAUUAAACGUCAUUCGACAGCUAAGUCAUCGUCAUCUUCGUCAACGUCGUCAUCUGGAUCUUCUUCUUCAAGCUCCAUUAAUACAAAUGGAGUUUAUGUGCUGCCAUUUCUGAAGAGAAGCAGCAGUGUAAAUGCAGAGGUUGAGAAUCCAAUUCAAGGAGCAAUAGCACAUUGCAAGCAGUCUCAGUCUCAGCAGAUUUUCUGCUCAAGAAAGAGUGCAACAGAGAUUGGGUUAUACUCAUUGUCAGCUUCUAAACUAGCUAUCUAUGAAGACCAUGAAAAACCUGAACUCUGCAGGGGUUGAACAUUCUGAAAUUUUCAAUUAAAAAUGAGAAUCAGCAUAAUAAUUAGAUUAACUUUUGAUUAUGUUUCUAUUUUCUUCUUUCAAUUAAUUUAAUUUGCUGCAUGCAAAUGCUCAAAGCAAGAAUCAGAGCUGUUAAGUUAAUGCCUUUUUAAUGUUUACACUUCAGAUCA